UCGCGGGAGGGGGCGGCAUCCGCGGCACACCCGGGUCUUCCUAGUCACGUCUCAACAGGACCUCUCCCUGCAGACCCCCCCAUUUGACAGAUGAGAAAAUUGAGGUUCUGAGAGGCCAAGUGACUCUCAAGGUCACACAGCGAGGAAGCGGCAGAGCCAGGCAGCGAUGGGUCUGGGUGGCUCCUAGGAAAAGUCCGCCAGAGAACUCCAUAGAGGAGCCCCCACUCCCCACCCCCAGCCCAAGGGAGUAUGUGUAGGGGCAGGGUAUCUUCCUUGGGGCAAGGCACUGCCAGCGUCUGGGGAUGAGGACUGUGAGGGCGCUGGAGACGCAGGGUUGGCCCUAGACCGCAGAUGAAGGGGGCGGGGGCGGAAUGGGCGUGUGUGCGCACCCACGGGGUGUGUUAAUGUGUGGGAGAUUGUACAUGCGUGUAGGUGCACUGUCUUGCGUGUGUGCACACGUGUGCGGAUGUCAGCGCCUCUGUGGCCGCGGAACUCCAGGAUGGCCUGGCUCUAGUGAACAGCAGAGGUCCGGUCUGAACCCCGUGGGAGGCUCCCGGAGCACAGCUUGGCCCAGCCUACCCACGCCGGCGGCCAUGGCGGGCACCCUAGACCUGGACAAGGGCUGCACGGUAGAGGAGCUGCUGCGCGGUUGCAUCGAAGCCUUCGAUGACUCCGGGAAGGUGCGAGACCCGCAGCUGGUGCGCAUGUUCCUCAUGAUGCACCCCUGGUACAUCCCUUCCUCUCAGCUGGCGGCAAAACUGCUCCACAUCUACCAACAAUCCCGGAAGGAAAACUCCAGUUCGCUGCAGGUGAAAACAUGCCAUCUGGUCAGGUACUGGAUCUCAGCAUUCCCAGCGGAGUUUGAUUUGAAUCCCGAGCUCGCUGAGCAGAUCAAGGAGCUGAAGGCUCUGCUAGACCAAGAAGGGAACCGCCGGCACAGCAGCCUCAUCGACAUUGAGAGCGUCCCCACCUACAAGUGGAAGCGGCAGGUGACCCAGCGGAACCCUGUGGAACAGAAAAAGCGCAAGAUGUCCCUGUUGUUUGACCACCUGGAGCCCUUGGAGCUAGCGGAGCAUCUCACCUACUUGGAGUAUCGCUCCUUCUGCAAGAUCUUGUUCCAGGACUAUCACAGUUUCGUGACUCAUGGCUGCACUGUGGACAACCCCGUCCUGGAGCGAUUCAUCUCCCUCUUCAACAGUGUCUCGCAGUGGGUGCAGCUCAUGAUUCUCAGCAAGCCCACAGCCCCGCAGCGGGCCCUGGUCAUCACACACUUCGUCCAUGUGGCAGAGAAACUCCUGAAACUGCAGAAUUUCAACACGCUGAUGGCGGUAGUCGGGGGUCUGAGCCACAGCUCCAUCUCUCGCCUCAAGGAGACGCACAGCCACGUUAGUCCAGAGACCAUCAAGCUCUGGGAAGGUCUGACAGAACUAGUGACGGCCACUGGCAACUAUGGUAACUACCGGCGCCGGCUUGCAGCCUGUGUCGGUUUCCGCUUCCCCAUCCUGGGUGUGCACCUCAAGGACCUGGUGGCUCUGCAGCUGGCACUGCCUGACUGGCUAGACCCCGCCCGGACCAGACUUAACGGGGCCAAGAUGAAGCAACUCUUCAGCAUCCUGGAGGAGCUGGCCAUGGUGACCAGCUUUCAGCCUCCAGUGAAGGCCAACCCCGAUCUGCUGAGCCUGCUCACGGUGUCUUUGGAUCAGUAUCAGACGGAGGAUGAGCUCUACCAGCUGUCCCUGCAGCGGGAACCGCGCUCCAAGUCCUCGCCAACCAGCCCCACAAGCUGCACCCCGCCUCCCCGGCCCCCAGUGCUGGAGGAGUGGACCUCAGCUGCCAAACCCAAGCUGGAUCAGGCGAUCAUGUUGGAGCACAUCGAGAAGAUGGUGGAGUCUGUGUUUCGGAACUUCGACGUUGAUGGGGACGGCCACAUCUCACAGGAAGAGUUCCAGAUCAUCCGUGGGAACUUUCCUUAUCUCAGCGCCUUUGGGGACCUCGACCAGAACCAGGAUGGCUGCAUCAGCAGGGAGGAGAUGGUCUCCUACUUCCUGCGCUCCAGCUCUGUGCUGGGCGGCCGCAUGGGCUUCGUACACAACUUUCAGGAGAGCAACUCCUUGCGCCCGGUCGCCUGCCGCCACUGCAAGGCCCUGAUCCUGGGCAUCUACAAGCAGGGCCUCAAAUGCCGAGCCUGUGGUGUGAACUGCCAUAAGCAGUGCAAGGAUCACCUGUCAGUCGAGUGCCGACGCCGGGCACAGAGUGUGAGUCUGGAGGGGUCUGCACCCUCACCCUCACCCACACACACCCACCAUCGCGCCUUCAGUUUUUCCCUGCCCCGCCCUGGCAGGCGAGGCUCCCGGCCUCCAGGGAUCCGAGAGGAGGAGGUUCAGACGGUGGAGGACGGUGUGUUUGACAUCCACUUGUAAUUGAUGCUGUGACUGGAUCAAGCACUUCUGCCUGCCUUGGAGAAGAGACUUGGACCAGAGCAGGGAGCCCGGGGUGCUGAGGCAGCAGGCUGGGGCUGGGGGGUGGGUGUGAGGGUGGCAUGCAGCUGAGGGCGGGGCCAGGGCUGGUGUCCCUAAGGUUGUACAGAUUCUUGUGAAUAUUUGUAUUUUCCAGAUGGAAUAAAGAGGCCCGUGUAAUUAA